AAAUCCAAUAUUAAAUUCAGUCUUUGCCUUAGUUCUUCUCUUCUAUCUCUGCCUCUGCCUCUCACUUCCCUAGGAGAAGCAAAGAAUUGCAGUCUGUAAUCUGUAUGUAGAUGCGUGCAUAUACAUACAUAUAUUCAGCUACCUAUACUUUCUUCUAAUUUAGCCAACCGUUGAUUCUUGGUUGUUUCUGGCUUAGAUCCCCUCUCCCUUUGUUUUUCUCACUUGGUGCUUGGUUAUUGCGCGUGCAAGCACUGUGAUGGCAUUCACUAGUACUGAUAAAAUCAGAUUGGCAGAUACAGUGGUUUCAAAUCUUUCGAUAUCACAAAAAACAGAACGAGAUCAGAAGUUUGGUUCGAAUGGGUCGAGCGCAGUAGAAAAUUAAUGAGUUCUAUUCAAUUUAGAAUUGGUUAGAUGGAGCGAGAUCAUCUGGACCUUGCGACCCUUGGAAAAACGGAUCAUAAUGAUAUUCAUGGUUCUUCAGUUGCUAGUCACCGCGAUAAUAUGAAGUAUGAGCCAAAAGAUUUGAGAAAUUCUGCAGACCCUGCUUUUAAUCAGAAUCCUAUAGAUGUUACUUCUUCACCAGAACGAGAAGAUCAUAGCACAGACGAUGAGGAUAACCAAGGUGAAGAUGCUCAAAAGCAGUUAGUGCUUUACGAUCCUGCUGCAGUUGGUGCUGGCGAAAUUGAACUCGUCCCUGAUCCUCUUGAUUCUCAACCUCGACGAAACUCCUUUCCGAAUUAUACAUCUAGAAUUUUGCCAGCUGUAGGGGCAUUUACCGUGCAGUGCGCAAACUGCUUCAAAUGGAGGCUCAUACCUUCAAAGGAGAAGUAUGAAAAGAUAAGGGAACACAUUUUGGAACAGCCUUUCUAUUGUGAAACAGCCCGUGAGUGGCGUGCUGGAGUAUCAUGUGAUGAUCCACCUGAUCUUACUCAAGAUGGAAGUAGGCUCUGGGCUAUUGAUAAGCCUAAUAUUGCUCAGCCCCCUCCUGGGUGGGAACGUCUUUUAAGAAUCCGAGGUGAAGGAGGCACCAGGUUUGCUGAUGUGUAUUAUGUUUCGCCAUCGGGCAAAAGACUUCGUUCCAUGAUUGAAAUUCAAAAGUACUUGCAGGAACACCCGGAGUAUGUAGCAGAAGGUGUAAGUAUGUCCCGGUUUUCAUUUCAGAUCCCAAGACCUCUGCAGGAAAACUAUGUUAGGAAGCGGCCUUAUCGUCCAGCACUUGCACAUGAUGAAGAUGAUCCUGCUAUGGCAGUGAAACGCAUAUCAUGGAUUGGUUCAGAUGGCGGUACAGAUUUACGGCUUGGUAUGCCAGGGCUGUCUGCACCUAUUUACCGGGCCCCUCUUUUUGAACCUGUGAGCCAAUCGCUCAAGAAGAAGCGGACUCCAUCUAAACGAAUGAGCAACACUGAUGCAGCGUGCAAGUCAAGUUAGAAGAGUCUCGUCUACUUUUGUUUGUAUACGAUCUGGUGAAAUCUCUGAGAGUUCAUUUUGUGUAAGCUGACAUUGAGCAACCUGCACAUGGACUUGUACGUACGGAAAUGUUACUAGAAAUAUGGCUUUUACCAAGCAGUGUUUUUUGAUGAACUUCCCUGAUGGUCAUAUCUUUUGUUGUUUCCGUUGAGUGUAGACUGUAGAUAUGAACGAACUAGGUAAUGUAAAGAACGAGUUUUAGUUGAAUAUUUACUUCUGUUAAAAGCGAAUGCUUAUUGUUAAAACUUAAAUAUAACUAACUGGCUGUUCAUGGUG